AUGGGCAAUGCUGCUUGUCGAAGUCUUCUUGAUGAAGCAAAAAACUACCAACUUCUGAGAUUCUCUUCAUUUGAACAACCGAAUAUUCAAGAACCACGCACUCGAUCGCGGGAGCCACUCAAAUUAUUUUGCGACACACUGUAUGCUGUGGGAAGACACAUAAAGGACGGUUUUGUUUCUGUGGAACGCGUUAAUCCCGAAGAAGCGCAACCUGUGUGGCAACGGGUUGCUCCCAUGAGCAGGAGAAGAGUCGGACUCGGCAAUGCUUUUCUUAACGAUUUCCUCUACGCUAUUGGUGGCCUGGAUGGCGAAACAUAUUUGAACAGUGCUGAGAGGGGACAAUUUCACCUCUUGACCUCUUGUACCCCUCGUUCUCUGUAA